GCCACAUGUUCGACUCAGAGUUAAUCAUCAUCAGAAACUUCAGUGCACUCAAACUGAACAGCUCACCUGUUUCAUUUAGCUUAUUACCAGUUCUAAUUCACAUUUGAAAUGUUUCAGAAAGGCUUUUAUCUGGUUUGGCUUCUGUUAUUAUUUGGGUUGAGCAACAGUGGAGCGCUGAAGGACCCUCAUCCAGAGCUUUCUGAUCAGGAGCUUUUCUGGGGAGCCGAUCAGUAUGACUUUUCCAUCAUGCUGCGUGCUGGAGACCUCCAGUGCUACUGGCACUUUGCUCACUUCGGCGAGCACUUCUACUUAAACUUCAUGGUCCAGCUGGUGACCGGUGUGGCUCUGGACCGACAUCUCUCUGUGAUUGUUAAUGCUCCGAGCGGUUUAAUAGUCGGCAAAGUUGAUGAUGCAAGUGGUCAGAUUGCCUUAAGUGUUAAGGAGACGGGUUUUUAUCAGAUGUGCUUCAGUAAUUUCCACAAUCGAUUCGGGAGCAUGCAGGUUUUCCUGAACUUUGGUGUGUAUUAUGAGGGACAAAAGGAAGAAGAGAAGAAAAAGAAAGAAGAGGAUAUGAAGCAGAUAAAUAGUACACUGUCCUUCAUUGAGGAAAGCAGCAGCAGGCUGCAGAGGUUUGUCUUCCACAUGUGGCGUCAUUAUAACUACGAGCGAAUGAGACGUGGUACCGAUUUCUACCUGCUUCAGUUCAACUCCACUUAUGUGAACAUCUGGUCUGCUGUACAGAGUCUGCUCAUCAUCACAGCUGGAUACCUGCAGCUCUACUGCCUCAAGAGACUCUUCAACACCAAACCAGCAGAUGGAGAUAAACCGCGCUGUUAACAUCGACACUACACCAGCAGGGGGAGACAAACCCCACUGUUAACAUCAACAGUACACCAGCAGAAGAAGACAAAGCCCACUGUUAACAUCAACACUACACCAGCAGAGGGAGACAAAACCCGCCGUUAACAUCGACACUACACCAGCAGAGGGGGACAAACCCUGCCGUUAACAUCGACACUACACCAGCAGAGAGAGACAAACCCUGCCGUUAACAUCGACACUACCCCAGCAGAGAGAGUCAAACCCCGCUGUUAACAUCGACACUACACCAACAGAGGGAGACAAACCCCGCUGUUAACAUCAACACUACACCAGCAGAGGGAGACAAACACCACUGUUAACAUCAACACUACACCAGCAGUGGCGUCAUUAUAACUACGAGCGAAUGAGACGUGGCACCGAUUUCUACCUGCUUCAGUCCAACUACACUGUGAACAUCUGGUCUGCUGUCCAGAGUCUGCUCAUCAUCACAGCUGGAUACCUGCAGCUCUACUGCCUAAAGAGACUCCUCAACACCAAACCAUCAGAUGGAGAUAAACCCCGCUGUUAACAUUGACACUAACCCAGCAGAGGGAGACAAAACCCGCUGUUAACAUCAACACUACACCAACAGAGGGAGACAAACCCCGCCGUUAACAUCGACGCUACACCAGCAGAGGGAGACAAACCCAGCUGUUAACAUGGACACUACCCCAGCAGAGGGAGACAAAACCCGCUGUUAACAUCAACGCUACACCAACAGAGGGAGACAAACCCCGCCGUUAACAUCGACACUACACCAGCAGAGGGAGACAAACCCCGCUGUUAACAUGGACACUACACCAGCAGAGGGAGAUAAACCCCGCCGUUAACAUCGACACUACACCAGCAGAGGGAGACAAACCCCGCUGUUAACAUCGACACUACACAAGCAGAGAGAGACAAAACCCGCUGUUAACAUCGACGCUACACCAGCAGAGAGAGACAAACCCUGCCGUUAACAUCGACACUACCCCAGCAGAGAGAGUCAAACCCCGCUGUUAACAUCGACGCUACACCAGCAGAGGGAGACAAACCCCGCUGUUAAUAUCAACGCUACACCAACAGAGGGAGACAAACCCCGCCGUUAACAUCGACGCUACACCAGCAGAGGGAGACAAACCCCGCUGUUAACAUGGACACUACACCAGCAGAGAGAGACAAACCCCGCCGUUAACAUCGACGCUACACCAGCAGAGGGAGACAAACCCCGCUGUUAACAUGGACACUACCCCAGCAGAGGGAGACAAAACCCGCUGUUAACAUCAACGCUACACCAACAGAGGGAGACAAACCCCGCCGUUAACAUCGACACUACACCAGCAGAGGGAGACAAACCCCGCUGUUAACAUCGACACUAUACAAGCAGAGAGAGACAAAACCCGCUGUUAACAUCGACGCUACACCAGCAGAGGGAGACAAACCCCGCUGUUAACAUCGACACUACACAAGCAGAGAGAGACAAAACCCGCUGUUAACAUCGACACUACACCAGCAGAGGGAGACAAACCCCGCUGUUAACAUCGACACUACACAAGCAGAGAGAGACAAAACCCGCUGUUAACAUCGACGCUACACCAGCAGAGAGAGACAAAACCCGCUGUUAACAUCGACACUACACCAGCAGAGAGAGACAAACCCCGCCGUUAACAUCAGCACUACGCCAGCAGAAGCUGACAAACCCCACUGUUAACAUCAACAGUACACCUGUCUCUCUUACAUCUCUUACUCUCUCUUAUACUCCAAGAGUGAAUUUAAAUUAAAACUAAAACUAAUUAAUUUCAGCCCUUUCUUUGGUUAUUUGAAUAUCAUAAUAAACUUAAUUCUUCAUGAAUGUGUUUUUGCUUUUCAAAUGCUUCUUUGUUAUGACUUGCAAUGUUAAAAUAUAAAAUGUAUUAUAUUAACUUACAAUAAAAUAUAAUAUUCAGUA